GGAAGACACUGCUGAGGGCUGUGUUUGCAUUUUACAGAUUCCAUCUCACUAAUUAAACAUGCUGAGGUGGUCAACUUUUACCAAUUCUGUGUUUCCCAGUAAUGUUUAACCUUAAAAAAAAAAAAAAACAACUAGGAGAUAAAACACCAUGUUAUCUGGCCAGUCCAUUCCACCCCCAGUGAUUAUUAAUUUCAGAACAUAUCUGAGUUCCUUCUCCGUGGCAUAUGCUUUAGGAGAAGAACAGACAGCUCUUAGCCAGGGUCAGAUUUCAAAUUCUCGUCUCUUGGUGCCAAUACCACCACCAGAUUCUUCUUUGUAGUCAACUUUUGAGAUCUUCGCUAAGUACACCUUGGUGUCUGAAGAUUCACACAAGUGCCUCUGGUUAUAAUUUUCUUCAGGGAAUCACAGUCUCUCCUCUCAGCAAAGCAUACACUGUACGGAACUUUGCUUUUGGAAACAUCUUCCUAAGAUCUGGUUGAAAGAAACUCUCUGGUGCCAUACGUUCCACUAUGGAGGUGAAGAACUUUGCAAUUUGGGAUUAUGUCGUAUUUGCAGCCCUCUUUUUCAUUUCCUCUGGAAUUGGGGUGUUCUUUGCCAUCAAGGAGAGAAAAAAGGCAACUUCCAGGGAAUUUCUGGUUGGUGGAAGGCAAAUGAACUUUGGCCCUGUUGCCUUGUCUCUGACAGCCAGCUUCAUGUCAGCUGUCACCGUCCUGGGAACCCCUUCUGAAGUCUACCGCUUUGGGGCAUCCUUCAUAGUCUUCUUCAUUUCUUACCUAUUUGUCAUUGUCUUAACAUCAGAGCUCUUUCUCCCUGUGUUCUACAGAUCUGGUAUCACCAGCACUUAUGAGUACUUACAACUACGAUUCAACAAACCAGUUCGCUAUGCUGCCACAGUCAUCUACAUUGUACAGACGAUUCUCUACACAGGAGUGGUCGUGUAUGCUCCUGCCCUGGCACUCAAUCAAGUGACUGGGUUUGAUCUCUGGGGCUCUGUGUUUGCAACAGGAAUUGUUUGCACAUUCUACUGUACCUUGGGAGGAUUAAAAGCAGUGGUGUGGACAGAUGCAUUUCAGAUGGUUGUCAUGAUUGUGGGCUUCUUAACGGUUCUCAUUCAAGGAUCAACUCAUGUUGGGGGAUUCCACAAUGUAUUAGAGCAAUCAGCAAAUGGAUCCCGACUACAUAUAUUUGACUUUGAUGUAGAUCCUCUCAGGCGACACACUUUUUGGACUAUCACAGUGGGAGGAACUUUUACAUGGCUUGGAAUCUAUGGGGUCAAUCAAUCAACUAUCCAGCGAUGCAUCUCUUGCAAAACAGAAAAGCAUGCUAAGCUUGCCUUGUACUUUAACUUGUUGGGUCUCUGGAUCAUUCUGGUGUGUGCUGUCUUCUCUGGCUUAAUCAUGUACUCUCACUUCAAAGACUGUGACCCUUGGACUUCUGGCAUCAUCUCAGCACCGGACCAGCUGAUGCCAUACUUUGUCAUGGAAAUAUUUGACACAAUGCCAGGACUGCCAGGACUUUUUGUGGCUUGUGCCUUCAGUGGAACUCUAAGCACCGUGGCUGCCAGCAUCAAUGCCUUGGCAACAGUGACCUUUGAGGAUUUUGUCAAGAGCUGUUUUCCCCAUCUCUCCGACAAGCUGAGCACCUGGAUCAGUAAAGGCUUAUGUCUCUUAUUUGGCGUGAUGUGUACAUCUAUGGCUGUGGCUGCAUCUGUCAUGGGAGGUGUUGUGCAGGCUGCCCUCAGCAUUCAUGGCAUGUGCGGGGGACCAAUGCUAGGUUUAUUCUCCCUGGGAAUCUUGUUCCCUUUUGUGAACUGGAAGGGUGCACUAGGAGGUCUUCUUACUGGAAUCAUCUUGUCAUUUUGGGUGGCCAUUGGGGCUUUCAUUUACCCUGCACCAGCCUCUAAGACAUGGCCUUUGCCUCUAUCAACAGACCAAUGUAUCAAAUCAAAUGUGACAGCAACAGGGCCUCCAGUACUAUCCAGCAGACCUGCAAUAGCUGAUACCUGGUACUCGAUCUCCUACCUUUACUACAGUGCAGUGGGCUGCCUAGGAUGCAUUGCUGCUGGAGUAAUCAUCAGCCUCAUAACAGGUUACCAAAGAGGUGAGGUUAUUCAACCACUGUUAAUUAGACCAGUUGGUAAUUUAUGUUGCUUUUGGUCUAAGAAGUACAAAAGACUAUGCUGGUGUGGAGUUCAGCAUGACAGUGUGAUAGAGCAGGAAAAUCUUGAGAAUGGUGGUAACUGGAAACAAGGGGCUGAAUCUGUCUUACCAAACGGACUGAGGCGAGAAAGCCUGGUACAUGUUCCAGGCUAUGAUCCCAAGGAUAAAAGCUACAACAAUAUGGCUUUUGAGAUUACCCACUUCUAAGGCAAUACCUGUAUGAAUGCACACACCCACUCUACAUGCACACACACACACACACAUUCACACACACAUAUAUAUACACACAGACUCCACAUACUUCUUGCCUAUUGGUUAGCAGGCAUGUAUAGUUGCCAUGGAGGUAGGGAUGUCCAGUGCCUAUUUGUACUUAUUUAUAACUACAUGCAAAAUGACUGUUUCCCAGGGUAUUCUUUGAAAGACUCCAACUUUCAGAGAAAAAAAACCAGCUUGCUCCUUAUGUCCUUUACUAUUUCCUUAUUGAAUAAAUGAGAACUGGAUUUCA